AGACUUCUUGAGCGUUUGUUUAGCUUGUUUUCGCCUUGUGCUCCCACUUGUACAACUGUGUUUAUGAGUUCAUGACCCGCUGGUGUAGGCAAAGUAUUGCGUAUGCAUUUCGGGGCCUGGUGUCGUUAAAGUGCAUUUAGAUCCAUACACUGCCUAAGCGUGACAUAACGCAUGUAUGAAAUGGUUUUCUUCACAAUUACGUAGCAUUUGGGAAGUUUUGAUCCGGGAAGUGAUUUCAUGAAGCGUUUGUAGCAUGAUGUUCGUGUCAGUUGCUAGCUCAGGCGCGGCAGCUUAGCGCGCUUAAAUACUAGUGACACUUCGCUGCUUAGCCCAUUAGCCAGUUAGCUUAGCUCACCUAAACCCGCAUAAACAACCCAGUAUUGCCAUUAACCUCUCGGGGACACAACAAUAUUACUGUACUUUUGAAUUCGUCUGUGUUUUCUGCUGUAAAAGACCAUAAUCAUCGCUCGCUUGAGUAUGUUGUGUCGGUAGACACCGCGAGCUUGUCAAACGCAGCUUGUUUACUUAUAGACGUCCGUGUUUUUGUAAGAUAUCUUAAAUUAACGGAACUUUCCGCAUUGCUGUUGAAUAUAACUCUAGACCCAGGCUGUAAUAUGCGACAUACGAAGUCGAUACACUGUAACUGAACAGUGUGUGUCUUCAAACUGAAGUUCCACGUUUGUUUACAGCUUCUGAUUAUGCACCUGUUUUGCGAAGCCGAUUUGUGAACCAAUCUUCAGUCGGAUCUUUUCAUGAAUCGGUUAACCACGAAUGCGAAUUGUUCUGAAUCAAACAUUUGGACGUGUGUAACUCUAAAAGUGAUCAGCUCACCCACACAUGUGUCUAUUUCGUAAUUAAAGAAAGUUAAAAAGCAGGCUACGUUAUAACAGGUUUGCAGUGUGUUCAAUUUGGAAGAUUACAGUAAAUAAGCUAAUAAUACAACUUAAAGUUGGCAUACAAUGAGAAUGAUACAUAUCUGUUUUAUAAAUGCGUUUUAUAUGUCUCAUUGGGAACAGUUUAUCCAUGCAUAUGUUACAUUUUGACCUUGUGCAAUCCAAAUGCAGUAACUCACUGUUCUUUUUAUUAUUAUUAAUCAAUCAACAAAUAAAUGUACAAUAUAACAGAGUACCAACCAACAGUAGAUACAAAAAAACAACAACUCAAUCUUAUGGAAGAACAACAGUCUUCUCUUUGAUGACGUGUCUCCAGUUAUUUAGGGGCAUUUGCACUACAUUGUUUUCAACUAAAAAUGGAAAACUUUUGUGCGUUUUGGCUGUUCAUUUACACAAUGAUAAAACAGUUUGGGGGCCUGAAAAAUCAAACGGAUUUCAAAGUGCAGGUUUUUUAAAAGGAUACUCAUCAUUUUUGUCUAAACUACAAAAAUGCAAAUUUAUAAAAAUGGUAACGUCAUUCGCAUGUGUAUUGUGUGUUCAGUUUACAGGUAUGUGUGCAAGUGUGUAGUGUUUAUUAACAACCUGACAUCGGCAACUACCGGUCUGGCAUACAUAAUAUAGCAUUUAGUUUUCGUGGAUCCGUGCGAAUGGGGAUCGUUUUGACAACGCUGUCAUCUGUACACAAAACUUUUAAAAAACACGAAGGAAAUCUUUUCAGUUUUUAGUAUGUUGUUGUGUAAACACAAAAAUUCAAGUGUUCCUCUCCCUCCACUUUUGAGUGCAGCACCUACAUCUCAACAUGCAAUCAAUAACCGAUGCAUAGAACCAAGUCUCCACUUGGUUUUUCUAUUUCAAUAAUCCAUUGCACUCAGACGUAAAUCACAAUACAGAACAAAAGAUCUGUUUCUACUUCAGCCAUUUCAUCAUGGCUUCAGUUGGAAAAAACAAACAAACUGUAUGAGCCUACAAAAGUCAAAAGUUUUAUAACAUAAAGAACCUCUUAAACAGUUUUUUGUUUUAAGCAAUUAUUUUAAGGAACUGUUCGAAAGAACUUGUGAGGUCCACGCACUUGGCCCAAACAAGGUACACAGUAAAUUUCCCGGUGUUAAAUCAACACUGCUUGGUGUACAUAUCCCAUAUGUACACCAAGCAGUGUUGAUUUAAAACUGGGGAAUUUACUGUGUAUCCAAUGGUGGAUGAAGGUUUCUUGCGUGUUCGGUCUUUUCAACUUGCAAAGUUAUUAAAUUUAGGUUCAAUUCUAAUCUGACUCCAUUUUAUUAUGACCUCGAAUUUAGGUUGAAAUGCAAAUUGGUUCGUCUGUUUCUAAUUCUUCUUUUUCUGACAUUUGAUUAUUCUAGUUAACUCCUUUAUUUUAUUACGCGUUCAUUAGGAAUCUAUGUCGCUCAGGGUGUAUCAAUCCGGCCGAUCAGUCUGAUCAGUAGUCAGAGGUUAUGACUAACUAUUUAAUCUACUUAUCUAUUUAGCCUUCACUUAAUCUACUUGAGAAAAUAAUUUCAGAGUAAGUCAGAAUAAAAUAAAAUGUAACAAUUUAUAAUAAAUUAUAAAUUAUUUAUUAUCAGUCAGGUAAAUAUGUAUUGUGCCAAUUAUACAGCCAAUUCAAAGAUAUCAAAUCAAUACAAAACAUCAAAAUCUCAAAGAUGAAUCUAAGAGUAAGCAUACCUGACUUGAAAAAAUGCAUAGUAUGAAGUGUGCGAACACACUUCAUCCUAUGGGCUCAUUCCGGCUAUAGAAGGCCCCGAUCCUUUUGCAACAUUUCCUUAAGUACUUCAGACCAAAACCAACCGAGAUGGAGACAGGAACUAACAAUUGGAAUUUGCAUUGAUCAAGUAGAGUUAUCACCUUUUGGGACAGAAGGUAAUUUGCAUGAAAGACACUUUCUCUCAGUGGGAUGUGUAAACAGAUGUAUGUUAAUACACCGUGUUUGUGUUGUUCAUCUCAGAAGUUCAAAGUGUCUGAAGUUCUGUAAUUCUUACAAACUCAUUAUUAUUAAAUAUUAAAGCACACAGACUAAUAGCUGUCAUUGGUGGGCAUUUUUUCAUUCAAACUGAUCUAUAUAGUAUACAAAAGAGGCUUAUGGGGAAACCACAGGUGUACAGGUGUACCACGGUAGAGUUUUGCCUUUAUACCUGUUAUUUCAUACAUAUUAUUAUACACUUUACUAUAAUAAAACUCAAUACAGUGGCCACAAAAGACCCCUAAAAUGCAUUUCUUUGCAUUUAAUAACAAAUAUCAAACCCUAUUAAAAUGCAUAAAAAAAAAGAAAAUAAAAAAACUUGUGUGAACUUGAAACUGGCUUCAUACAUCUACCUGCUGUGCAAAAAUGUUGCAGAAAUGAAAAGUUGUUUCUGAGAAAAGGUCUGACGUCAUUUAAUUGCAGAUGGUGAAAUUCAUAGAUUUGUAAGAGUGAUUGAAAUGUCCAGUAGGGUUGCUAACUAUAACUAAACCCAUAAAAAGUCAUCAUCUGAAAUAAAAUAAAAUAUUUAAAAAGGUAAACUUAUUUUAUUUCUGGAUGCAUAUAUUUCUUAUUUUCAUUUCAUUUAAAUUGAGGUACUAAAAUUAGAAAGAGAAAAAAAAAAAACUUAAAAGACAAAACACAACAAAAUUACUACAACUUUAUCUAAUAUUAAAUUAAAAACAUUAAAAAAAAAUCUAUAGUAGUACAUCAAUGAUAACAAAAUUCAGAUUCAGAUGUUCAGAUACAUUAUGGUGUGUCUAAGAAACUGGGUUUCAUGUAAGCAAAUGCAUGGAUGAAUAAAUGUACUUUCCUGACCAAAGUAAAGGAUGACUGAAAUGAAUGCAGGACGUGAGAUCAUGAUCAGUGUGACACAGCAGGGGUGAAGCAGCUCUUGGGCCUCCAUCCAGCAGCUGACUUCAUGUGUGGCUGAAAGCCACAGAUCACUUGGAAUGUCUGGAGUCCGUUUGCAUUUCCCAAACUCUCGAAACACAACCACUUUUGAAUGGAACUCUCACCCAAACUAACAUGUUUCGCUGACCCAAUCAGAUGUAGGUGCUUGAAAAGUACCCCAACACACCGAUGAGUCAUAAAGAGAUCCUGCAAGUGAUUCAGAGAGAAAGGCUUAAGGAGAUAAGUGGAACGUCGCCUCUUGCCUGUCUCAAUGCCAUGCUCCAUACAAACUCACGUGGGGAGGAAGGGAUCUUCUACAAGGUCCCCGGCAGAAUGGGAGUCUAUACACUGAAGAAAGACAUUGGAGACGUGAAGGAACUGUCAGAAGAUGCUUCAGAGGACAGCAGUGAUAACAUGUCUUAUACCCGAUGCACAGAAAAUACCAGCACCACUACCUACAGCAAAGAUGGACGCAGAGGAAGGUGGAAGAGGAGAGUGCCAGCAAAACUGCAAUCUCAGCCAUCCUCCCCACAGUCUCGCUGUUCAUCUCCGUCAGUCUCCAGCAGCAAACUCAUAUCCCCAUCACAGAAACACAGCAAGAAGGCCCUCAAACAGGCACUGAAACAGCAGCAGCAGAGGAAUCAACGGCGGCAAUGUGGAAUCCCCAACGCCUCCAGCCCACGACUGCUCCUCAAGACUGUCAAAGACAUGGCUCAUGACUCCGCCAAAUCCUCCUGGGAGCUGAAACAGACAGAGCGCUGCCCUGCCAGUCCACAGAACUCUACCUCCAGCUCGUCGUCCUCCGUCAAAGCAGAUGUGUGCCACACGACUGGUGCCCGGAAGGUGUCUCAGCGCACCAGUAGGCUCAGUGCCAGACAACUGAGGCGUACCAAGUGUGAGAUAGAUGUUGAGACUCCAGAUUCAAUCCUUGUCAACACCAACCUGCGAGCGCUCAUCAACAAGCACACAUUCUCAAUGCUGCCUACGGAGUGUCAACAGAAGCUUCUUAAGAUGCUGCCAGAGGUCGACCAACAGUCUAGUAUGGAUGGUGCACUGAAGGUGACCAGCUCUGCCUUGAACAAUGAGUUCUUCACAUCAGCAGCACAGUCUUGGAAGGAGAGGUUGUCAGAGGGUGAGUUCACACCAGAGCUGAGACUGAGAAUGCGGCAAGAAAUUGAGAAGGAAAAAAAAGUGGAGCUUUGGAAGGAGCAUUUCUUUGAGAGCUAUUAUGGUGAACAAUCUGGACUGAGCAUAGAGGAAUCCAGAGAGCUGACAGAGGAUAGGAGUGUUCCUGAACCAGCUAAAAGCACGGUCUUAUCGGAAAAGCCAGAGGCUGUCAAAGAGUCUCAGAGGGUACACCAGGUUACAGAGGUCAUCCACAUGGAGUUGAGGUCCAGAGAUGUGAAAUCAACAGUAACACGUUUCUCGACUGAAGAGCCGGUCAAACCUCCUGCUCCAGAGCAAUCACAUUUAUCCUUAGACACGAGGAAGGAUGCACAGGAAGAACUGAUUCCGGAGUCCUCUGUUCAAAAAGCAGUGGAGCCUAAACCUGACAGUGAAGAAGCACUGGAAAAUGAGAUCACAUGUAAGACCCCAGCAUCUCCUUUGGAAGCAGUAGUCACCUGUUUGAAAGGAAAUGAGACAUACACGCCUAAAGAUGAAAGUCCCAUUGGUGAGGCUGGACAAACUGUAAUGGAAAGCGAUAAGGCUGGAUCUCCAGUAACUGCUGCCACAUCUGAGCCUCUAAAAAGAAAAGUCUCUAGUGAACAGGAUACAGAGCUCAGAACAGAGAAGAAGCCCCGUGUCACUUCAUCAGAAGCGUCAUCCACAGUGACUGCUAAAGAAAAAGCAGAACAAAGAGUACCUCCUCUCAAAAUCCCAGUGUCAAGAAUUUUCUCUGCCCCUGCGUCUACUGAGCAGGUAUCUCCAAGGACUCCGGUUCCCGUUCCGUUGACACCCCCUAGCAUUCGACCUGGUCGCACCGGUGCACGCACUCUAGCUGACAUCAAGGCAAAAGCCCAUUUAGCACGUGCACAGCGUGCUGCAGCAGCAGCAGCCGGAUCGUCUUCCUCAAUGGGAACAGGCUCAGUUGGAGGUACCUCGACACCCUCUCCAGCUCGGUCCCUGUCAGAAGAUUUUUCACCAGCAAGCAGCAGAAGUCAAUCUGUGUCGCCUAUAAAGCUAAGCUCUGGAUCUCCAGCUCCUGAAGGCACAGUGACUCUCUCACAGACCUCUCCUUCCUCAGGUUCCACUGGACACUCAGACCCUGGUCUUGCACAAGCCUUCAGUGCAAGCCAGGGUUUUUUAAAAGAUAAUCGCUCUUCAAUGGGGUUGCAAGCCACUCUGUGUACGUUGAACCCAACGGGCAAUGAUCAGCAUAACCUCCUCAGUCCUGGGGGGACGCUAGCACCUUCGUGUCAGGCAGGAAACUUGACUGUCUCAAACACAAUUGCACAAAACCAGAGACCACAGCAAAUACCUUUUUCAGGAGCGUCAGUCACCAAGCCUAGCUCUUCAAUCCCAGCAAAUAAUCCUCUGGUCACCCAGCUUCUUCAAGGUAAAGAGGUUCCCUUAGAAAAGAUCCUCCCAAAGCCACUAGCCAAAGUGGAGGUUCAAUCGGUGGCCAUUUCUUCCAUAGAUAAAGGGAAUCUUGGUACCACCACUGCUGGGUUGAAAACCGAUAGCUCAACAAACCAAGAAGAUGCCAACAAACUUGGGAACCAAGUUCCUUUUGGCAUGCAAGUCAGAAGCAUGGACAAGUUGGUAAAUGUUGGUACUCAGGACCAGAUGCUCCAUCCACUAAGGCACAAAUGCGAGCAGAAGAACACCAGCUCCAACUCCCAAUUCCAGUCCUGUCAGUUAGGUCACCUUGAGGGUAGCCAUGACCAGAAUAUCCAUCUAGGCAUCUUUGGACGGAAAAGGGUAUCCAAGCCAGCUAUGACAGGACACUACCUCCUCAACGUGUCCACAUAUGGUAGAGGAUCCGAGAGCAGCAAACGGCCCCACCUAUGUAGUAACACAGGCUCUGCCCUCGCCAACCUGAAGAAGGAGAAAAUCGAAGCAGAGGAGAGCGUAAAAGAGACGACAGAAUCACUUACCAUUCACCCGAAUUUCCCAAGGGUCAAAGUGGAACAGCAGGGAUGUGUCAUAAAUAAACCAGAUGAUGGUUUGCCACCCCAACCCUGCUCUGAUAUAAAGUCUGAAUCUCCAUCGCGGAGUUGUUUCUCCAGCAAAGACGAAGACAGCACUUCUAUUAGAACCAAAGAAACAUGCUCAAGAGCGCAGCUUGAUAUGUGCUGCAGUACACAGGGUAAAACAGAGCCAUAUCAGUUAGGUGACUGUCACCAACGCACAUUCUUGUCUCAGAAAGCCCAUAAUGGACCUCAGUAUGGUGGCACUAUCAGCAUGUCUGUCCCUCACGCACUGAAUCACAGCAUGGCUGACACUCCAACUUCUCCCACUGUGUCCUGCAGCGGUGAUGGUGAAACGGCUGCUGGAGGUAUGAUGUCUUUUUCCGUCACCGUCACUGCCAUACCUGCCGGUCACCUACUGGAUCAGAACAGUCAGGGUGAGACCUCACCUGAGCAAGCCUUCAUAGAAACUUCUGGGAUAGAGGAUGUCCAAUCAAAGUGCUACUGUCGGCUGAAGGCCAUGAUUAUGUGCAAGGGAUGUGGCGCAUUCUGUCAUGAUGACUGCAUUGGUCCAUCCAAACUAUGUGUCUCGUGUUUGGUGGUACGAUAAUGGUCAUGAGGAUAAACUGCGGCUUGUUCAUUCGUUCAUUCAAAAAGAAGCAGUCACUGCAGUGAGGGUAACAGAAAUGUUACGACAGUACAGCAGUGUUCAUGUAUCCGUUGUCAUUUGAGAGGCAAGCUGUUGUGCUGUAUGGGGGGAAUUCGCUAAGAAUGAACUGCGCCCGCUAAUAGUGCUGUUUAUUUGCACGUACUUUCUGCUUUGUUUUAGCGGACGAUACAGGAGUUAUGCAAAUCAGGUAACAUGACCAGCAAGUCAGUUCUGAGUACUUAUACAAAGUUCCUUUAAGGCAAGUCGUGUCACUCGGCGGCCAUCUUUGAAAAGCCUCUUGGGCGUGCAAGUGCAGCUCCUAUCUCUUUGAAUGGGGAAACAUCAAAUUCUCCAAAACUGUUCGCCAAGCUGCGAUUUAAAUUUCAUAUUUGAAAUCACCAAUGAAAUCUGACAACAACUGUAUCAUAAAUGUUGUUUAUUUUGCUCAAAUAGCGUUAUAAAAAGCGUAUUAUUCAGGCUAGAUCAGUCAGUGCGCGUGCGCAGUCGUAGGCGCACGUCUCAGUAUGCUGACUGUUUCUAUAGCAACCAGCUGCAGUGAUGUGUUGACUUUACCGAUUAGCGAUUGGCUCUUUUACUCAGAAGGCGGGGCUUCGUUCGAUACAGCAGCCAUACUGAGUGUUGCAUGUUUUCCCAACUCAAAAUUAUACGAGUGACACGUCUUGGGUAUUCUAUAGUCUUUGACUUAUAGUAGUUGUGGCGAAUGCAGCAGACUACCUUUAUCUGGCAUGUUUUACUGGGACUGUUUGGCAUGGCUGCACUAAUGCAAUCCAGACUUUGAAUCGGCUAUUUAAAGUGCCGAAAGUGCUCGACUACACUGUAUGUCUGGAUAUGUACCCAUUCUUUUCUCAAUCAUUUGCGUUUCAGCGCUUUAAGCGCCUGGUUAAACUGGAACGCCACAGGCUUUUGCGCUGAAAUGCAGCGUGCAACUAUUUAGUGAAUUCGCCCCUUUGUUUUUCUUUACAGCACAAACAAAUAACACGCUAGAAGAUGAGGUAUAAAAAAACGUGCAAUGCCGAAUAAUUCUUCCUCUCAUUCAUUGAGCACCUUGUUUUAGAUUCAAGACUCAAUAUUGAACAGUGGCAAUAUUUAAGGCUUGUUCUAUUUCUGUUCUAUUUUUGUAAUAUAAUUUUAGACAUUGAAAUGAAUAUACUACUAUUUUUGUAGAUGUUAAAAAUCAUGAUUCCCCUCCACCCUUCAAAUUUCGGAUCUUGUACGCAUUAUUCACACUAGUUUGCUGGAUUAGAAACCGAUAACAUCAACAUUUAGUCUCUGCAUUACCUGUAAAGCUAUUUGUUGGUUGGUUUAAGCCUUUGUGACACAAGCAAAGAACCACACAACUGAAAUACCAAUUACUGCAGAAUUACUGUGAAUAUGUAAACCUAAUACAUUAACCUGCCUUGUUACUAGGUUUAUAUGGUACUGUUCAAAGUUAUUUAUAGGAUAGAAGGGAGUUUUGUCAAAUUAGUUAACAGGCUAGCACUUCUCUUAGUUCGGUGGGUUUUACACGAGAGAAGAAUGUAAGAACAGGUUUAUACUGAUAAUGGCAAUAAUUUGUAUAUUUACAAUAUUUAUAAAAUUAAGAGCAUUAGUCCCUUACAUCUCAUUUUGUUCAGAAAAAAAAAGGAUUUAUUAGGGUUGCACUUUUUUAUGUUCAGAAAAUGACUUUGCUCUAAAAAAAUAACGAUUUGUAAGAAUUAAAGCACUUCUUAAACAAUCUAAUGCACCCUCUCAGGAGCAAAACCAGGUCUUAAUCAUUUCAAUAGCCUGUGUCGAAUCAUUUGAGUUGUUUACGUCACACAAGUGACAUUGCCUCUAAUUGGAAUAGCAGAUACUCUGUAACCUUAGUUUUUAGGGAUAGGAAAAUAAUGCAGAGUAUCAACAGCAAAACUAUAUGAGCAAUGAAGUUAAACACUCAGAAGGGAGAUUUUAUGAAGAUUUUUGUUGUUUUGUUUAGUAUUGUAAAUACUGACUUUCUUUUAGAUGUACAAAACCUUCUACAAAGCAUCUUGCCUAAACAUAUCCGAUUGUCUCUGAUAACUAAAGGUUUUUUUUUUUUUUUUGUGAAAUACUGUCCAACACAUCAUAAUUUUAAUCAUGUUUCAACAUUAAAUGUCGUGGCUCAGUUUCUGUCCUGAAACAAUUCUGCUAAACAGAUAAAUUUUGAUACCAAUAGUUCUAUGUAUGUUAGAAAAAAAAAAAACCUGUUGCAUCUUUGAAUUAGGCUUUUUUAAAUCAUCUGCCUUCCAGGCAAUAGAAAUAUAAAAGAAUUUUAGAAAGGAUUUGCUUGGUAAUAUACCAAAGUCGAUUUAUGGGGACUAGAUAAUCAGAUUUUGUUUUUAAUGUCUUGUCUAGUUAAGCAAAGUAAUAUAUUUUAAGUAAUAUAUUUUAAUAAAAAGAAGUCUAUUUACAAAUCAUUUUACAAAAUGUUUAAGAAACAGGGUAUUUACUAUAUCUUUAUAUUGGCUGUCUCAUUUUGGUAUACCUGUGUCUAAGGUGUACAUAAACUUUUUACACAAUUUUUUCGUACCAGGGCCCUUGUGAUCUGUUGAUAUUUUUGUGUGGCUAGUUUUGCCUGCAAUGAAUUGAUGUGUCCUCACAGUGAAUUUUUAAUUGACUAAUAAUAUCUGUGUGAAACUUGCAGCUCACUUUAUUGAUUACUGAAAGUCUAGCUUUUUACAGAAAAAAAUCCGUCAGGUUAUAGUGUUUGUGUUGUAUGAAUAAAAUUAACAAGCAUGGUGGUUGGGUCGUGCUGAAUGUCUUUGGGUGUGAGGUUGUUUCAAGGUAACUGGCUUUCAUUGACUUUUGUCAAACUGUCGCUUUCAUUUACAUAUAUACAUAUGCAGCAUUUAAACAUACAAGAGACUCAUAGAAUAUAACUGUGAUACCUCCAUUGUACUUUAUAUCAGGCCUUAGAACCGAUUUGAAUAAAAACAAACAAAACAAAUGAUGUUUGGGUUAACUUCCAGUUCUUGAAAAUGUUUUAAUUUGUCAGAGCUAAACGACAGCGUUUGACUGUUGUUAGUUAUUUACUGCUUUCAUUUCCUUUGAUAGAGUUGCAACGCAUGACUUACCACUGCCUCUAUCGCCAACCUUAUAUGCCUGUGACAUUUUACCAAACACUUGGAUUUUUAAUUCAUGAGGCAAUGUUUUCCCCUGAAAUGAUAUGACUUCUAGUGCAGGAGGUGGUAUACCAGAACUUAAGAGUGGCUUCCACAGUGUGUGUUAUUUCAUGUUUUAAUGUAAAAUAAAGGUGAAUGUAAUAUAGUAAUUGUAAUCAGCACUUGUAAGCAAAGUGUAUUUUAUCAAGAAACAAUAUGAAUAAAAUGCAGUAAAACGA